AUGCUAUUUCGAUAUCUACUUGCUCCUCUCUUGGCCCUUUCGCAUGUCGGGGCGACAAUGACCGCAAGGUCCGAGCCCUCCGUCUGUGGACCAGUAGGGCAUUUCAGUGCUAUAUUGCCUAUCAUGGGUUGGCUUGACUGCGAAAUCAACCUUGCGAAGGCAAACAUGUCCGCUGUCAUGGCCUCGCCUUCUGAGUCUAGCAAUGCUCAAAUGAACGAAACUAUUUUUGAUAUAUCCGUCAAAAUGCUGAUGGCAUCGAAGAAUGUUCGCGAACUCAACCGGACGCUCAUCGAGACGUAUGGUCUAAGUAGUGACGGAUUACGGCUGUUGUCGCCGGAAGAAAUUGGUCCUGCAGCUGCGCCUUGUUUUCAGAACAUGGUUUCUUUGGAGACUAUGAUACGGGACCAUAUACUAUCCAAACGCAAAAAUCAUAGGCCCAGGGACGUUGGUACUGCUCUGUUCUUAUCUGGAAAGGAGUAUGUCUACGGUUACUCCGCUUCUCUGAUCGCUGGUUCGAAAGACUAUGUGAGUUUUGCAUCUGCUGUAAAUCUGACAGGGGAGUUGCACAUACAAGGAGGUGCCAGCGUGCUCAAUGUUCAACUCAACAAUGUUCAGCUAGGACUGUAUUACGGCGAAUGGAGUCAUGCGGCUUCCAUCCCGGAAAACCAGAUUAAGGGAUUAAACUCUUCGUUGAGCGCUCCUUAG